AUGAGCCAUGAGCCAAAGUCGCCAUCCAUAGGAAUGAUCUCCACGGCAACUCGUACAACGGCGACGGUCAGCCCUCUCACCCCGUCGCCUCUUAAUGGCUCCAUCGUAGCCAAUGGAAGUCCAGCUGCCCAGUCGGCUCACUCUGGAUUCGCUGCAGCCCUCCGAAAAUUGGCAAAACAGGCGGAAGAACCAAGAGCUGCCUCCUCCAUCAGCAGUGAAUCCUCCCCGGUGUCUUCGCCAGCCACCAACCACAGUUCACCAGUCAGUACGCCCAAGAGGGGUCCUCUCGGUCCAGGGCCUGUCCUGGUUCCCCCAGCAGGCCACAGUGUGCCAAACACUCCACCUGUCGUCACCAUUGCUCCAACCAAGACUAGCAACGGCCUCUGGAGGAGCGAGGGACGCCAGGUAAAAAAUACAACUGCUGAUUCGGGGCCUCGCGGGGCCAGCAGGGAACGCCUGGCUCCAGAGGGGACCCUCUCCCAGGAAAAAGGCCCCUCUGUCCCGGCUCACCUCCUGGGAAACCCAUACGCCUUUGGUCUCCCCCCUGGUGCUGUAAUGCAGGAUUCACGUUUCCAACCGCUCAACCUUCCAAGACAGUUGCCUAAUGCUGUGCCGCCUGGUCCCGUACCAGAAGAGUACCUCCGUGGAUUCAGGCCCUAUGCCACAACUGAGGAUGCCCUCCGCAUGCCCUCUUUGCCAUUGGGCCUUGACCCCGCCACUGCAGCAGCUGCCGCCGCUGCGUACUACCAUCCCAGCUACCUGCCCCACCCUUCUUUCACCCCGUACAGGAUGGACGACCCAUUCUGCCUCUCUGCUUUGAGGUCACCUUUCUAUCCGCUACCAGCAGGGGGAGCUUUACCCCCCAUCCAUCCAUCUGCAGUCCAUAUGCACUUAUCAGGGGUCCGCUACCCUGGGGACUUCACACACCCUUCACUUUCAGCACUGCAGUCAGAGAGGUUUACCUCAAGGCUUCAGCUGGAGGAUGAGCUGCGGCAACGCGAGAGAGAGCGGGAACGCGAGCGGGAAAAGGAACGAGAGCGAGAGGCUGAGAGAGAGAAGGAACGGGAGCGCGAGAGGGAACGAGAGCUGGAGAGGGAACGAGAGCGGGAACGAGAAAGAGAGCGAGAGCGGGAACGGGAAAGAGAGAGAGAAAGAGAGCGAGAGGAGAGGGAAAGAGAAAAAGAACUGGAGAGGCAAAAGGAGAGAGCGCUAAGAGAGAAAGAAAUACAAGCCUCCAAGGCUAUAGAGAACCACUACCUGGCUGAGCUGCAUGCCAUGAGAGGACAGGAGGACCGAACCAAGCCAGAGAGACUCACCCCUAAUCGGGCUGAUAAAACCAAAGAGCCCCCCCUUCCAGCUCCAAAACCAGUCCCACCUGGACUGCAUUCUGCAAUGGUACAAUCACAUCAUCCAGUCCCAGGUCUAAUCUCCGGCCACAGCCUCUACAUGGGGCCCGGCGCUGUGGGGACAGGUCUCCCGACCUCAAUAAUCGCUCCCAGGAACAAUGAGGAAGAGAGGUGGUUGGCAAGGCAACGCAAGCUGCGGCAAGAGAAAGCCGAUCGCCAGUACCAGGUGUCGGAAUUUCGCCAGCAGGUUCUGGAACAGCACCUGGACUUGGGACGGAAUCCUGACGCACCAGAACACAGAACGGACUUGCACAGGCCAAAACCAAAUAACCACGAACCAGGAAACCGAGACCUCCAUUCCCACUUAGGUGCACCUCCGCCUCUCAUCUCCCCCAAACCCUCCCAACUCCCACGUGAACAUCACCCUCCACCUCCCACAACCCUGUGGAACCCAGCUUCUCUAAUAGAGACACCCUCAGAAUCCCGACGCACCCACGAUCCCUCAGGGAUGGGACACUACGAGCUCAGUCGGUUACCGCCUGGCCCCUCCAAGUAUGAGGAUGGGGCCAGGAGGAGAGACAGUGGAGUAAUGGAGAAAUAUCUGCAACCGAGAGGCCCGCCUGGCCUGCAAGAGCCCAGUACAUUCCUUGCCGAUCUGGAGAAAUCCACCCACUCUUUCUUCAGCCAGCAGCGGGCGUCCAUGUCCCUGUCUAGCCAGUAUGAAUUAGAAGGGGCCAUCAAAAGCAACACUGGACUGAAGAGCAGCCAAGCGCACGGUCGUCAUGGACAAGCAGUCGGCAUUGUGUCUGCUUCGAGUGCGGGACAGGAAACAGUGCCAGACACAAUGCUCAUCUAUGACGAGCUUCUUCAGCAGCAUAGAAGGCCAGUCAGUAAACUGGACUUGGAAGAGAAGAGAAAGAGGGAAGCCAAGGAGAAAGGUUACUACUAUGAGCUGGAUGACUCGUAUGAUGAAAGCGAUGAGGAGGAGGUUAGGGCACAUCUCAGGAGGGUAGCAGAGCAGCCCCCACUCAAACUUGAUGACUCCACAGAGAAAUUGGACUUCCUUGGAAUGUUUAGCCUGACCACUGUAGGCCGGCGGGAGGAGUUGGUGCAGCAGAAGAGAAAAAAGCGGCGGAGGAUGCUCAGGGAGCGCAGCCCCUCGCCAGCUGCCUCACAGUCCAAACGCACUCCUCCCCCGCAACUUAGCACGCGCUUCACCCCCGAGGAGAUGGACCGAGCGCCGGAGCUGGAGGAAAAGAAGCGCUUCCUCACUAUGUUCCGUCUUUCUCACGUCACCCUCCAGCAGAGACGAGAUAAUGAAAGGGCAGUGGAGCUGCUUCAAGCCAUUAAAGAGAAGAGCGUAACCUUGGAUACCAUCAGACAUGCUCCUCAUCCGCUGUGCAAAAGCCCUCCGACGCAGCUAUCUGACUCUGCAUGUUCCCAGCCCAACUCGGAAUCAGAAGACCACCACGUCAGACCCCAUAGCCCUUCCUCACAUUGCCCGUUGUCCCCGUCCCCUAACGGCCAUCCAAAACUCCUCGGGGACACGCUAAGACCAAAGGAUCCUCCUUCUCCAGCUGUCUACCCAGACAAGGCCCGGGGGCCCACCGACGGCCCGGCCUCCAAGCGGAAUUCCAGCCUGCUGAACAGCUUGCGGCCCCCGCUCCCUCUACAGGCCAAGGAGGGCGUCCACAGCGUAAACGGACGCACUAAACCCUGGGACAGCUUCACCCCAGAGGAAUUUGCCCAGCAGUUUCAUGAAUCAGUGCUGCAGUCCACUCAGAAGGCACUUCAGAAACACAAAGGCGGGGCUACUGGGAUGUCGGAGUCAUCUCCCCUUCAGGAGUCAUCGGUUCAUUACAACAUUCCGGAGCUCCAGGGCGCCCCCGGCAGGCCACCUCCACCGCACUCCCAGUCGCACUCCAGCACGCAUCCGUCGGCCCUCGCGCUGGCGCACGCACACCCCCAGCCCAAUGGGCAGCACUUCUCCGCACCGCUCCACCGCGACGCCUCAGGGAUGAGGGAGGACCCGUCCGCUUCAGAGGACGAGGACGACGAAGAAGAGGAGGGGGAAGAAGGGGCUAUCCCGGCUUCCAAGUGGCAAGGGAUUGAAUCCAUAUUUGAAGCUUAUCAGGAAUAUGUCGAAGAACAAAGUCUUGAGCGACACGUGUUGCAGAACCAGUGUCGAAGGCUGGAAGCUCAGAAGUACAACCUCAGUCUCACUGCUGAACAGCUAUCGCAUACCAUGGGGGAUCUAAUGUCUCAGAGGCAAAAGCUGGCCAUGGAAAGGGAGAAGCUGCAAGCGGAGCUGGAACACUUCAGGAAGUGUUUGACUCUGCCACAGACACACUGGCCCAGAGGUGGACAUUACAAGGGCUACCCUCCAAGGUGA